CCAAGAAAAUAACUAUAUUGUAAAAUGCUAUAUACGCAAUAAUUAUUUUGUAUUUUUUAUUGAGAAAAAAAGAACUGGCGUUAGCCAAAGAUCCGUAGGGGUGUGCCUAGAAAUUUUUUUCGGGGGUUUAAGAUAUCUUAUAUCCGGAUUUGGUGAAAAAACUUUGGGAAAAAAAGCGUGGAAAUAGUCGGCUUAAAGGGCUACGAAUAUGUUCAACUGGAGCGAACAAACUAUACGCUCCCCCGAACUAUUGAAAACGCCAGAAUCAUUAACGUUAUCGUGUACUUAAAAAAAAUGUAUUCCAUCAACAUAAAUUAUAAGCUGUUUUCAUUCCAAUCGCAGUGGUUUUACAUUGUCACAGUUGUUUAUAGCAACAAAGUGUUUACAAAGUAAAAUAAUAUAAUCUCAGUUUUUUUAAGUCAAUUAUAUAUAAUAAGAAAAAUAUAUUUUUCUGUCAAAUAUUACAUUCAUAAAAUUACAACAUGAACGAAUCACAGAUAAUCAAACAAGUGAGUGCCACUUCCGAUGUUUUCACAAUUUUUUUUUAUUAGAUCUGGUGACAAUUACUGUGUUCAUGCAAUAACUGCAGCUUUGUUGUUUUAGAAAAAUAAUUUUCUUUUUUUAUGAGGUUAUUUAUUUUUUACUCAUAAAUAUUUAAAAUUUGUGAUGAAAAAAUAAUACACUUAUGUACACCCACUAUUAUAAGUUUUGAUUUAUCUCAAGAGACAUAACUAUUUCCUAAGCUAAACAGUAUAGAAAUGUUUUCCAUCAAGGUUGUAAGCUAAAUGCAUACACCAUAGAUAAUUUUAUAUAUUUUUAGUUAGAUAGGAUGGUCAAGUUCAUAGAGUUCGAGGCAGAUGAAACUGAACGAAAUAUUGAUGCUCAAUCAGAAGAAGAAUGUCGUAAUAUAAAGAAUGAGAUGAUACUUAAAGCAAAAAUGGAAAUUAAUCAGUUGUACAACAAAAAGACAAAUCUUAUGAAAAGAACAACAGCGACAUUCAUUACCACGGGAAUGACCAAUGCCAAGUUGGAAAUAUUGAAUACCAGAGACAAACACGUUAAAUCUGUGUUGGCCGAUGUUAACAAAGAAUUGUUAAAAAUGCGUGAACAUAGAUUAUGUCUUCAUCGAGAAAUACUUUUAAAGUUAAUACUACAGGCGAUGUAUCAAAUCUUAGAACAAGAAGUAAACUUAAUACUGAUACCAGACGACGUGGAGUACGUGACCUUAAAGAUCCCCGAAUUGAGCCAAAUCUAUUUAGCCAACACGGGAAUGAACAUCAAAAUAAACAUUGACCAAGCAACUAAGUUACCGACUCAAGAAAUAGGAGGCGUCGUGGUCACGGGCAAAGGUCGAAGGUCAAUGGUUGAAAAUACGCUGGUAGUGCGAUUGCUCCAUCUCACCCAACAAGCUAUACCGUUGAUAUGCACUGGACUGUUUGGACUGAAUCCCACUAGAACUUACUCAAGACAUAGAUAAUUACAAAAUACAAACUUAUUAUAUUAUUUAAUUCAUACAAAAAAAUUCCCUAAUAUCAAGAUCUUAAUCAUAUUUGGUAUGACUAUUAAUAGUAAUAAGUAAUACGCUAUAAGUAAUACUAAAUUUGAUUAAGUUCUUGAUGUUUAGGGGGCUUUUGUAUGAAUUGAAUAGUAAAAGUUCGUAUUUUGUAAUUAUGUAUGUUUUAAGUAAGUUCUAGUGGGAUCUGGUCCUAACAAUCCAGUGCAUUUCAACGGUGUAUGGCUUGUUGAGCGAGAAAUAAUCGAAAUAAUGAAAUAAUAAAUUUCGCAAAUAGGUAUGUCUGUGAUUUCCCGCUUUCCAAUUAAAGAAUUAUUUUAUAAUCUAUGACGUUUUCAGAAUUCAGGAUGUAGACAAUAAUAGGUAUUAUUAUUGUGUUCACUGGUCAAUCUUAGAAGACCGUGAUCUAUAUUGUGGACGUAUUGUAAACAAACGGCACUGUAGGGAACUUCUAGAUAGCGCUGUACUUUACACCAGGCGUCUUAUUAUAAAAGAAACUAGAAAAUACCUUAUUUAAAAAAUCUGCCUUUAGUGUCCCGUUGUCACAGUGACACGGUGUAAUAGUGCUCUAGAAGUUACGUACGAAAAUAAAAAAAAAUUAAAUUUUCUUUGCAUGCGAAUUCUAGGUUUUGGGACUUUGGGAGUAUAUUUUAUGUCAAAAACCAGGAAGUUACAUAAUAUUAUUAAAAUGCGUUUAGGAUAAAUACAUUUUUGAGUUAUCAAUUAAAAAUUAAUGUUGUUUUCACAUUGAGAUUUUUCUUGGUUGAAACCUUGCUGUCUGUAUGAAACCACAGAAGAAAUUUAACGA